AUGAAUACUCUGCUUAUCCACCAUUGGACCGCCCUCAACAAUGCCCUGUCCUCCAACGAUAUUGGGCGCGAUCUGGAUGGCAAGACCUUGGACUUAGCCACCGUCGUUGCCGGUGCACGAUAUGGAAAACGCGUGUCGCUUUCACAAAGCACCCGCAAGCACGUUCAACGGUCGGAAGCGGUGUUGAGGAAACAUUUGGCGGACGGGGAGCUAAUCUACGGCGUCAAUACGGGUUUCGGCGGUAGUGCCGAUACAACCACAGAUGCCGUGAACAAGCUGCAAGAGAAUUUACUACAGAUGCUCCAGGCUGGUGUCAAACUGGAUGGGUCGAGCCCGGACAUCCUCCCCCUGGACGAUCCAAUCUCCGCGACCAUCAUGCCAGAGUCUUGGACCCGAGCAACCAUGAUUAUCCGGUUAAACUGCCUUGCCUCUGGAUCAUCCGGCAUCCGGCAGUCGGUCUUGGACGUGCUGCUCCGGAUGAUAGAGCAACAUAUCACACCCCGAGUUCCAUUGAGAGGCAGUAUAUCGGCCUCUGGUGAUCUCAGUCCACUAUCAUACAUCGGUGGAGCGAUGCAAGGGCACCCCUCUAUUCACGUCUGGAAGCGCGGCCGCAGCUCCGAUUGCCAAGUCAAAGGGGCUGAUGUCGCCCUCAAAGAGAGUUCAAUACCGUUUGUCUGUCUAGAUGCGAAAGAAGGCCUGGCAAUCGUGAACGGAACGGCGACCUCUGCAGCCGUGGGUGGGCUGGCUUUGCAUGAGACCCUUGGCCUUGCUGCUCUGAGUCAGGUUCUUGCAGCGAUGAGUGUCGAAGCUUUACACGGUACUAGCGAAAGCUUCGAUCCAUUCUUUGCAAAAGUUCGCCCUCACCCCGGACAAACAACGGCUGCCAAGAAUUUGUACAAAUUUCUUUCCAACUCGAAGCUGCUCAAUGACGGAAAUGAUUUCGGACAGGGAAGCCUACGACAAGAUCGGUACUCGAUUCGCACAUCUGCGCAAUGGAUGGGUCCACUUCUUGAAGACUUGGAACUGGCAUAUCAGCAGAUCUCCGUGGAGCUGAAUUCGGUAACGGACAACCCUCUCAUCGACACGGCUGGUGAUAAUGCUCGUAUUCUACACGGUGGCAAUUUCCAAGCGAAGUCAAUCACGAGCGCCAUGGAGAAAACCAGGCAGGCCGUUCAAUCUAUGGGCCGUAUGCUCUAUGCACAAUGCACAGAGCUGAUCGAUUCGUCCAAGAACAAUGGCUUGCCUCCUAAUUUGUCUGCCGAUGAGCCUAGUCUGUCGUUCACAUUCAAGGGUGUAGAUAUCAUGAUCGCUGCGCUACAGUCAGAGCUAGGAUUUCUCGCAAAUCCUAUUGGGAGCCACGUCCAGACAGCCGAAAUGGGAAACCAGGCAUUGAACUCGCUUGCCCUGAUAUCGAGUCGCUACACUUUAGACGCAGUUGCUGUCUUGUCACAAAUGGCAGCUGCCCACCUCGUGGCUACCUGCCAGGCUCUCGACCUCCGUGUGAUCAACAUCCAGUUCAUGCGAACCCUAGAACAGGACUUCAUGAAGUUAUUUGGCGACAGCUUCCAAGUCAACGCAGUGCCUUUCAAGAAUAUUCUGGCUAUCUCCAAGGAAGCCUGGGACGCCUUUGCCAAGCAGGUGGAACAGUUACAGUCCGUCGACUCCUGCAGUCGAUUUCACCAAGCUGCUCGCGCUAUUCUGCCCAUUUUCAUUAUGGCAUUGCCACAAAGCGCUGCUCCCCAGCCAUUAUCCAAUCAUGGAUCGAUCGUCUAG